ACCUCUGUCCCUUUGUUAGGCGUGACUCACUUAUUCGUGGCAGCGCCUCCCUCAAUCCCAAACAUCAUAGUCACCACCAGACUAAUUUCUUAGUUGUCAUCCAUCGCAAAUGGCUUCGAAGGAUGAUACGCAAGCUAAAGCGCCUCCAGAAACCCGCAAUGUUGUCCAAUUCCUCCGCAGCAGUAAAUCUGGCAUGAAAAUACGUGUUGGUGCGUUGAAUGGGAAACGCGUCGAUUAUUUCAAAGGCAAAUCCGCAGUGAAAGCCCUCCUCUCGCCCGCCUAUGCAAAAGUAAAAAACGUACCCAAGGUCACUACGGAAGUCGAGGCUGAGGCCCUCCUCCAAUCAUCCAUACAAUACGCUUUUUACCUCCGCGUAGACCGCGGCGCACCCACAGGCUCAUCCAUAUCUCCGCGCCACGUCACUGUCGUUCAGCAACAACAAUUUGCCCAAGAUGCGUACUUCGUGUGGCUCUACGAAGGUUCUCAAUGGACUACAUAUGCUGGCGGACUUUUGAUGGUCGCGCUUAUGCUUGCAGCCGUAAUGUUCCCGUUGUGGCCCCCAGUGAUGCGUUUGGGUGUGUGGUACCUGAGCAUUGCCAUGCUGGGUUUACUCGGCGCAUUCUUUGGACUCGCAAUCAUACGGUUGAUAUUCUACAUAAUCACCGUGGUCAUAGCAAGCCCUGGAAUUUGGAUCUUCCCUCAAUUAUUCGCAGACGUUGGUGUUAUCGAGUCAUUUGUUCCGUUGUGGGAGUGGGAUGUUCCAAAGAAGAAAGCCGGGAAGAAGAAGAAGGCAAAGGCUCCCGCUGGUGCGAGUCCUGAGGAACAGCUUGCUAAUAACGGUGGGGCUUUUAUCGAGGAGGUUGGUGAUGAGUCCCCAGAGCAAUCGCGUCCAGGGAGUCGCUCGGCACGGGUGGAGGAGGUUCCAGACGUGGAUUCAUAACGGGAUCAUCGCAUGUUUGUAGGCAAUGUUUAUUAUGCUUUCAGUGGAGCAAAUGGGGAUGAGGGGACUAAAAUUUCCUUUAUACUCACCAGGAGUUGUCUAGACUACGCACUUCUCACACUCAUUCCCUGGUCCCGGUUCGAUCCAUUCACCAUGCAUGAUUCCCUUGUACUGGCAGCUCUUUAGAUGCAACUAGUCACAGCUAUCGUGAAGUUCAGAGCUCAGGCACUGUCACUCGCUGGCCCCAUAUGCUAUCUCGGUUUCAUAUUGGUUUUGCUAAUUUCAAAGUAGACUUUCAAACAACUGCAAUCAUGUUAUAGCUGAUGGCGCAACAUGCAUCACAGUAUACGACCUGGCACGAUAUGCCCUGGC